GCCUGUCCGUGAUUUGUCUUCCCGCUGCCGUGUUUCUGGCCUCCUGCCUGGAGUUAGACACACAAGUGACGCUCGGAGACGAUAUCGUGGGAUCUGUGGGCCGGUAAUGCAUUGAGGCAACAAUGGAUACCACGGGCAGUGCCACUGAAGGCGACCCUCUGAAUAGGGGAGAGGACGGGGCGGAGACGGCAGCGACAGCAACGGAGCUGAAGAAGAAGAGUUGUGAGGGAGUCUGGGGUCUCUCCAGACUGACCCAUUGGAGAACUGCCGUCUUCUUCUUCUCCCUGUUCCUCUGCCUCACCAUUGUGUUUGCCUUCUCAUUCAUCAUCCCCUGUCCUGUCAGACCUCAGUAUCGCGUUACCUGGAACAGGACCUUCUCUGAUGCAGCAACCUACGACUUCUUAGCUAUUGAGGAUGUUAGCAAAGACAAGGUGAUGGAUGUCCUGUUUGUCCUCAAAAACACUGAAGGCUCUCGGAACAGUUCAUGUGAUGCUGCAGGUCUUCCCUCGCCAUGUGUGUAUGUGUUGGCAGUGGAUGGGACGGAUGGAGAGACCCUGUGGGAGAGCCCCCUGGCCCCCGACUUCCACUGGGCUCAGUGUGGCCCUGAGGACGGCCCCCCGUGGGACUGCUGUCUGCUGUCUCAUGGGGACCGACUCACAGCUGUUCACAAGUACACUGGUGACAUCAGGUGGCAGCAGCCUCAGCCUCCUGGUCUGAACGGCUCUCUGCCUGUUCUGAUUGUCCCAGAUCUGGAUGGGGACGCGGUCAGCGACGUGGCUCUGGUGGCGUCUGACAUCACGCAGACUCAGCUGGCAUUCCUCUCAGGGAAGACGGGGGUCCAGAUCGGGUCGACGGUGGCCCUCGACUCCACAGAGACGGCCAAUCAUCUUCUCUAUCACACCACAGAAGGUUCUUACUAUGUACUUCUACAAAAAGACACUGGCUUGUAUGGACUGGCGCUGUGGAGGAUCGCUGCCCGGGCUCAAGCCGGGAUGGAGGCGGGCCUCAAGAAGGACAAGCACUGGGAGAAGGAUGCCAGCGCGACAUCGGGCCUCGUACCCGUCUACGAAUCUGAUUCAGUGAGAAGAGUGCUGAGGAUCCGGGGCGGUCCACCCAACCUGCUGCUGGUGACGGGGAGCGAGGUGGCCUUAGUGGACGGGAAACGUUUGCAGCUCCUGUGGAGAUUCAACUCCAGCUCCAUCCUCGGGGAGCCCUCGUUUGGCCACUUCAACAAAGACCAUGUCCUUGAUGUUGUCGUCGAGGAGGAUGUUGGCAACGCCACAAAGAGGGUCAUAAUUCUUAACGGGAGGUCCGGUGCCGUGCUGUGGGAAGUCUCCCUUCUGGCGACUCCGAACUCGCCCAGACCCACCUCGAUACACACCACCAACUCCUUCUCCGUCUUCAUGUUUUGGGGCACGAUGCCCUCCGAGACCAACUCAUCGGAACCAUUUGCAGGAGAGCGACAUUCUUACCUGCUCCUCCCUCUGUAUUCCAAAGUCCUCCUUGAGUCGACCAGAGUCCUGGACCACAUCGUAGCAUUUCAAGCCACUCUGUUGGAGAACGGACGCCAUGCUGCCUGCAUCCUGCUGACCGGUCCCGGGACGGAGGGCGCCGACGGCACCGUGGUCCUCAGCAAGCGGAAGAUGAAGCAGGACAUCCCCGACAGCAAGGUGCUCCGCAUCGGGAGCGGCGGAACCACGGACACCAGCGAGGACAUCAAAGAGGCCUUCAACCGGCUCCGGUUCAGCGACUGGUGACCGGACCGACCACACAUGUAGGGUGUGUCCUCAAUGGUGACCAGACCACACAUGUAGGGUGUGUCCUCAAUGGUGACCAGACCACACAUGUAGGGUGUGUCCUCAAUGGUGACCAGACCUACACAUGUAGGUGUGUCCUCAAUGGUGACCAGACCACACAUGUAGGGUGUGUCCUCAAUGGUGACCAGACCACACAUGUAGGGUGUGUCCUCAAUGGUGACCAGACCUACACAUGUAGGGUGUGUCCUCAAUGGUGACCAGACCACACAUGUAGGGUGUGUCCUCAAUGGUGACCAGACCACACAUGUAGGGUGUGUCCUCAAUGGUGACCAGACCACACAUGUAGGGUGUGUCCUCAAUGGUGACCAGACCACACAUGUAGGGUGUGUCCUCAAUGGUGACCAGACCUACACAUGUAGGGUGUGUCCUCAAUGGUGACCAGACCCACACAUGUAGGGUGUGUCCUCAAUGGUGACCAGACCUACACAUGUAGGGUGUGUCCUCAAUGGUGACCAGACCACACAUGUAGGGUGUGUCCUCAAUGGUGACCAGACCACACAUGUAGGGUGUGUCCUCAAUGGUGACCAGACCCACACAUGUAGGGUGUGUCCUCAAUGGUGACCAGACCACACAUGUAGGGUGUGUCCUCAAUGGUGACCAGACCUACACAUGUAGGGUGUGUCCUCAAUGGUGACCAGACCCACACAUGUAGGGUGUGUCCUCAAUGGUGACCAGACCUACACAUGUAGGGUGUGUCCUCAAUGGUGACCAGACCACACAUGUAGGGUGUGUCCUCAAUGGUGACCAGACCCACACAUGUAGGGUGUGUCCUCAAUGGUGACCAGACCUACACAUGUAGGGUGUGUCCUCAAUGGUGACCGUAUUCAGCACAGCUGACUCAACCAAAGUGUGUCCGCGAGCUCUGACCUUCAAACUGCUGACGACCCAAAACGACCCUUUUCCGUUUCGAGACUCGGGUUGAUGGCGCUCCUCCAAUAAUCUGACAAACUGGGCAUUAUCCGCCCUCAGACUUCCUCCCCAUGUGGAGUUUGAUCACAUGUCCAAAGAACCACCGGUCUCUGACAAUCCUCUCCUGCUGAUGAAGCCACCAAGAGUUCCUGCCACGCAGUCCUGUUUCUAGCACUUUCAUGCAUUCAUGAUGCAACGCUCUUUCUUUUAAUUGCAGAGGCUGGAUUGUUAUUCUUUGAAUCUAUGCAACUUUGUCGUGCUGGGCUUUGGGAGCAGCAGGCGCAUGCCUCCUCCUCCUCCAGCAGGCUCCAUCGGAGGGCUGACCGUGGCAGGGAAACCGACUGCAACUUGAGUUUUGACAGAAACCAACCAACCUGACGAUGCGGUUACAUUUGUUGUUCCGCUUCCUGUUCCUGGUAGUCAAUGGUACUGUUGUCGAUAAUCAAGAUGUGUGUAUUUAACUCUUUAAAUCCCAGAUGCUGUGGCGAUGCUCUUUAAUGCACACUGGCUUGACCUUUGAGUCUCAAAGGUUCUCCGUGAUCUUUAGUUCCUGCUGUGGCUUUUAACUCAGUGAUGUGUUCAGUUGGAUGAAACGAGCUUCCUGUUUCGCUGGACAUUAAUGUCUUGAACCUGUGGGCCUUUGUCAACGCUGACGUUUCUCUCUAACUUUGUUUUAAUUUGAGCAAUAUUAAACUAUUUUAAAAUAAC